GCCUGUGUUUUACUGUCAGUAAAGAACAUCUACUAGUUGUCAGUCUCAGGCUGAAGCCAAGGCAGAAUGAUGGAGCGGAAACGCUAUUGAGAGAAACCACAAGGCUAUGUGUUGUUAAGGAGUUGUCUGUAUCGUAUGUACGUGAAAGAACAUGAAAGAAACCAGUAUUUUAGUGGCUGAGGAUCAGUUCAGCUGUCUGAUCUGUCUGGAUCUACUGAAGGAUCCAGUGACCAUCCCCUGUGGACACAGCUACUGCAUGAACUGUAUCACAGAGUGCUGGAAUCAAGAAGAUCAGAAGGGAGUUUACAGCUGCCCUCAGUGCAGACAGACCUUCAGUCCAAGACCUGCUUUAAACAAGAAUGUGAUUUUGGAUGAAAUGGUGGAAAGCCUGAGGAAGACAAGAUCUGGUUUCAGUUAUGCUGGACCUGGAGAUGUUGAGUGUGAUGUUUGUACUAGAAGGAAACGUAAAGCUGUAAAGUCUUGUCUGAUGUGUCUAGAAUCAUACUGUCAAACUCACUUUGAGUGUCAUGAGGAAUCUCAUACGAGGAAACGACACAAAGUGACCAAUGCCACUGGACGAAUCCAGGAGAUCAUCUGCCCCGAACAUAACAGACUACUGGAGGUCUUUUGUCAUUCUGACCAGAAGUGUAUUUGUUUGAUGUGUGUGAUGAAGGAACACAAAGAACACGAAAAUGUUUCAGCUGAAGCACAGAGGACAGAGAAACAGAAACAAGUUGAAGAGACAGUGAUAAUUAUACAGAAUAAACUUCAAGAGAGGCAAACAGAGCUUCAGAAGUUGAGAGAGUCUGUGCAGACACACAAGCGUUCUGCACAGGCAGCCGUGGAGGACAGCGAGAGGAUCUUCACUGAACUCAUCCACUGCGUGAAGAGAAGACGCUCUGAGAUGACACAGAUGAUCAGAGAUCGAGAAAAGACUGAAGUGAGUCGAGCUGAAGGACUCUUAGAGCAACUGAAGCAGGAGAUCGAUGAUCUGAAGAAGAGAGAUGCCGAGCUGGAGCAGCUUGUACGCACAGAAAACCACAUCCGUUUCCUACAGAGUUUUCCCUUUCUGUCUGUUCCUCCUGCAUCUUCAGACAGCACCGGUGUCGGUUCUCUGCUCUCGUAUGAUGAUGUGAGAAGCUCUGUCUCUAUAAUAAGAACAAAAUUUUUGAAUUUCUGCAGAGAGGGUAUAUAGAAAAUAUAAAUGGUGGUGGAGGUAAAGUAUAGACUCAUCUUGUAAAAUAAGUUAAUAUAUAAAUAUUGUUUGGAUGCGAGUAGUAAAAACAUUAUACUUGUUCUUAAUACAUUAUUGGUAUUGAUUAGUAGUAAUAUUAUAAUGGUAAUAGUUUAAUAUUAUUGAUAUCUUUAUUAGAUAUCUGUAUGUUUGUGUAUAGUGAAUAUUGAAAUCCAUCACUGAACCCCAAAGAGAGCACUUCUUACAUUGUAAGUGUUACAAAUAAUAAUUCAAAUAAAACAAACGCUAGACACAUUUAUACAUUUUUAAAGGUGAUGUUUUUAACUCCAACCAGUGGCAGACAAUGGGAAUAUCUCAUAUUUAAAAUUUUUUGUUAUUUAGUAAUUCUGUCUCACUAGUGUCAAUUUUUUAAAUACAUUUUUAUUAAACUGUUUCAUACCGUUUUCUGUAAUAGAUCAGUGAUCUAUUUUUGCUACUCGUUGCUAUAUGUUCCGACAGAUUUUUCAAGAGGUGAAAUUGUAAAUUAAUGUAAAAUACUGAAAAGCUUUUUAUUUUAUUUUUUGUUCUCCGUUUCGCGGAAAUGUAAAUGUACUGUGUGUAUUAUUAAAAUGCAAUAAAAUAUAUGAAAAAGAA